GUGCUCCGUGCAGAUUGUAGACCUUCUUCGCCCAUCUCGUCCACUUUCUGUAAUAGGUUAUUGCCGGCUGCGUCGCAUUCCCUCUGUGAUUCUUCUCUUUGUCCCGCCUUUGCUACUGCCUCCUCGUGGUAGUGUCAUCGUUGACAACAACUCGGGUGCAUAACCUUGAGGUCCAGCGUAUCAUUUGGGUUUUGGUUUUGGGUUGGGGGUUUGCGGGAUCUGUGCGACGGCGAUGGCGAUUGAGGGUCUGGAUGCUGAAACCAGCCAUGGUAGUGGAAAUGCCAACGCAAACGGCGGGGGCUACGUAGACCACGGGUGGCAGAAGGUGACAAAUCCGAAGAAGCAGAAGCGUCAGGAGAUUGCCAAAGCCAAGGGCGGGAAGGAUGGAGAGAAGGGUGCUUCCAAGGUGUCGUCUGAUUCGAAGCUGUUCCAAGCCCUUGAGAUGGAAGCAAAAGAUCGGCGGGCCAGACUCGAUGCCAGGUUAGCUGCGCCUCUAACAUCUGGCUUUGAUGAUGAGGACGAGAGCGACGAUGGGGAGGCUCCUAAAGCUGAGAGUUCAGCUCAGGAGGCAGAUGCAAAGAAACCCAAGGUUAAGAAGCCUAAAAAGCCGAAAGUGUCAGUUUCCGAGGCCGCAGCCGCCAUCGAUCCCUCGGAUUUGGCCACCUUCCUGUCCGAUAUCUCGGAGUCUUUUGCAACCCUUCCUGAUGUACAGCUCCUCCGCUGUGCUGACUAUUUUGGUCGCGCUUUUUCGGCUGUGAGCACUGCCCAAUUCGGAUGGAAUAAAAUUCUUCGUGAAACUCCCCUGAUCAAAUCAAUUGAGAUUCCUCUCUGCUACAUCCCUGAGACCGUGAACAAAAUGUUGGCAGACUGGUUGUCCCAAAGGCCUGCAGGCGCAUUAUCUGAUUUUAUGAUCUGGAUCUUGAAAGAGAUUCUCGAAGAUGCACAUGCACACUCGGGUUCUCACAAGAGCUCUAAGGUUUCUGCAACUCCGUCACAGAAAACCAAGGUUGGUAUCCUAAUUCUACUUGCCAUAAUUUUGAGAAGAAGGCCUGACAUUUUACAACAGCAAGCUCAAACAGUGCGUAAUCAAUUUCAAGCUCCGGAUCACUUGCCCACACUGGUGUGGGCUUAUUCUCAGGCUGCCCAAGGGGACCUGGUUAUAGGAAUGUCUUUGUGGGUGCACAAUCUCUUGCCUCUCGCUGUUGGGAAGUCCAGUACGCCUGCUUUGCGAGACACUGUGCUGCAGUUUAUUGAGAGUGUGUUGUUCGCCAACCUUAAGAAGGCUCGUCCUGUGCUUCUUAAUGGAGUUUCGAGGAAAGGCGAACGAUUAGUUCCAGCUGCUUCUCUUGAUUCUGUGAUGCGGGCUUCUUUUCCCGCUGAGUCUGCUCGGACUAAGGCUGCAGAUAGGUUUCAAACUGUGUACCCAAUUAUUAAGGAGCUUGCAUUAGCAGGUUUACAAAACAGCAAAACUACUCGACCUGUGGCUCAGCAGCUCCUUCCUCUUAGUGUCGCUGCUCUAUCACAAGAUGUGGAGUCCCUUUCACAGGAGGCAUGCAGUAACUUCAUCUGGUGCUUGUCUCAGAACAGUGAUUGUUAUCAACAAUGGGAAAAGCUGCAUCUGGAUAAUUUGAAAGCAAGUAACUACGUGCUGAGUUUCAUUAGGCAGGAGUUUAAGGAGGUUUCACAUCGGCUUGCUCCAUUCACUCAGUUAAAGAAGACUGUUCAGGCUUUUAGGGUUAAGCACAAAACUAUUUUGGCGAACCCUCAAAAGAACCACGAUUUGGAGGUUCAGGUGAAGAUUGCAGAUGGCCACUGCAAAGCUAUUUUGGGCAAGCUGUCAUCCUUCCCCUCUUGUGCAAGUGCUACAUUGACGUUGGCAGCUGGUGCCGCCAUGGCUUACGGUUUUUAUCUCCUCAGCCCCGACGUGAACCCAUGGAAGUGGGACGGAUGGCUACUCCUUAGCAAGACUCACUCUCUAUUUUGAUUUCUUAGCUUUUAGUUGCAAGGCUUUUUAGUUUCAGUUAAGAUUGAAGAACUAGCAAUGGUCUUCAAGGAACCCUCAGGAGCGCAUUAGACAAAACUGUGUUUGUUGAAAUUUGAACACAUUAAUUUACAGUGUCUUCAGGAUAAUGAAGUAACUAGCUUUGGUGUAUACUAAAUGCACGGAAUGUGCUUUUCCUUCUCAGGAAGUCUUUGUAAGUGCCCGAUUGCCAGUUCAAUGGAUAGAUCUCAAUGUAAAAUUUGUAGAUCUCAUACAGCCUUUUCUGCCUUCUUA